GAAUGCAAUCAGAUGUUCUCCCAGAAACCAGAACUCCGUCGGCACAUGUUCUCCCACACUGGAGGCGGUUUUCUCUGUAGCUACUGUGGAAAAUCACUGAGGGACCCCCACAGCCUUAGGUCCCAUGAGAGAUUGCACACCGGAGAAAGACCUCAUCGCUGCCCUAUCUGUGGAAAAGGCUACACAUUGGCCACCAAGCUGAGGAGGCAUGUGAAGUCGGCUCACACGAAGGAGAAGCCAUACACCUGUCACUGCGGCGCUUCCUACACUGUUAGACAAAGUCUGCUGAGGCACCAAGCUCAGCACAGGACAGAAGGAGGAAUUCACAAGGAGGUCGAAGGAGGACAUGGAGAGGAGAAACACAUCAGAAAGAAAGAGGUUUCGCAAGAUUUAGCAACUUCAGGCUGCAGUCACCCAAAGCCGAUCAGAGGCAGACCCAAGAAGAACUUAAUCCUGCAAGGUGCAGGAGAGAAGGAGGGAAGUGAGGUGAAGCAGAGAAGAUCACAAGAAAAAGGAGAAGAGGAGACAAAUUUGAAGAGAGUUGAUACCUCAGGAGAGGGAGAUAGUGUAGCUAACAUCCAGCAGGCCGUGGUAUAUGUCCACACAGACAACCUGUCAUCACCAAGCUCCACCCCUCUGCUCUUCACCUCAGACGGCUCGCUGUCUGCAGGGACAGAACAGGAGCUGGUGGAGGUGGUGAUAUCAGAAAGCGCGGAGCAGUGCAUUGUAGUGCACGGGCAGCAGGCAGUAGGAGAGCUCCUGAUCUUACAGGAAGAAGGAAAUGGACUCUGCUCUGUUGCUCAGACAGUAGAGAUAAACACAGUGUAG